AUGUCAGCGCAACCAAGGGAGAUAACGGCGGCGAGUGUCCAGGUCGUGCUUGCGCAUCUGUGUCCGCUGAUUGGACCCCUUCCCCCGCAUCUUGUAUCGAGGCCGCUGCUCCAGCGGCACCACUUUCUAGCGCUUUCCCCAGACAGUGCCGAGGAAUAUCUCGCAUGGCCUUCCCCAGACAGGUCACGCGCAGUCCAUCUCCUCCAAUCCCUCCAGCUGCCUUCCCAUGACCAGCCGUUUUCGGUUCAAUAUACAGCAGACGCGGAGCAUAUAACUGCCCACGUCCGCAUUACCCCCAACCUCCGUCUCCUAUUUCUCUGGGAUCCCAGAAACACCUGGCAAUACCACAACGCUGCACUCAUGCCCUUCCCCAGCAACUCCUACACCACCCUCAGCGACGCCUUCGCUGCCUACUCCGCCGAUGACUUCCUCCCGGAACAGGGUUUUAAUUUAAAGGUGGCGGUGGAGGAUGAUGAUAGCUACUGGAACGCAUAUGGAGGCGGCGAUGAUGAUGACCAUCUCCCUGCCUCUGGGAAGAGCCAAGAUAGCAGCCUCAACUCAGAGGACGCAUAUUGGGCACAGUACUCUUCGGUUCAAGGAUCCGGGGACUCCACAAUGCCGUCACCGCUGCCAACGAAGAAAAAGUUUGGACAGGACGCAGACGCCGUUCAAACAGGACGAAUCAUAGUUCCCUCUGAUGAUUUCCGGAUAAAUCACGUCGAACCCUACAAUCCCCUCGAGCCUCCCGCUCCGUCGUCUCUUGCUCGCCGUCUCGCCGAACUCGCAAACGAACCAGGCGCUAGUUCCCCACCGCUCUUCGACGACUCUACCACCACAGACUCCAACACCGCAUCUCCUCAGCUCACUGAAGCCGUUCCUGCUAACGAAGAGCGAUCACCAUCCUUCAGCCCACAACAACAGCCUGCGGAGAGCUUCGUUGUUGUCGAUGUGCAAGAUCCGGUUGACACCACUGUUGAUCCCAGCCAGGACGUCCUCCGUGAAAACCUCAAAAACCUCUACCGGCUUUGGAAGUUAGGAAGGCACGAUAAUUCGGUGGAGGAAGAUAAGGAUUUGUUCCUUACAAUUGCAAAACAAGCAGUCGAAGAGUUAUGA